CAGCUCCCGUCCGUUACACCACGACGCCACGCACGCAGCUAGCGACCAAGAAAAGAAACCAUGAGGCCACCCGCGCCCCUGCUGCUCUGCUCCCUCCUCUGCCUGCAUCCACUACUCGCCACCAUCCCUCCAGCGAGCUCCUCCAAGGCGGCUCCGGCGUCGUACGCCGCCGCCACCGGCCGCCAGGGCGAGCCGCAGCCGCCGCCGUACGCGCGCAAUGCGACGGUGUACGAGGCCUCGGCGGCGCUGUGCCCGGGGUGCGGCGCGUGGGCGGAGUCGCUGGAGUUCCUGUACUACCACAACCUGGUGCGGCUGGCGCGGUGGGAGGUGCCGCUGGCAUGGUCGCCGCAGAUGGCGUCGUACGCGCGGUGGUGGGCGGCGCAGCGGCGCGGGGACUGCGCGCUGCGCCACUCGUUCCCGGAGGGCCAGUUCGCGCUCGGGGAGAACAUCUUCUGGGGCGGCGCCGGCGGCGGGGCGUGGCGACCCGGGGACGCCGUCCAGGACUGGGCCGCCGAGGGCGUCGACUACUCCUACGCCGCCAACGCCUGCGCGCCGGGCAAGGAGUGCGGCCACUACACGCAGAUCGUGUGGCGCGACACCACCUCCGUCGGCUGCGCCAGGGUCGUGUGCGACGACGGCGGGGUGUUCAUGACCUGCAACUACUACCCGCCGGGCAACGUCGUCGGCCAGAGGCCCUACUAGGAGCGUCCUCAGGAAUCAUCUGUGCAGGUUCAUGCGACGGAGUGUCAGAGUCGGAUUCGAACUCGAUCGUGUGUAAAUAUUCAGCUCGCGGUCGUUCUUGGCGGUGAAAUGAUGCAAAUCAGUGGAGUAUUUCACUAGUAUUUGUCUCCGUAAUUCAGGACUUUCUUUGCAUGAUGUUUUUUUAUCCGAAUAAAAUGCGAGAGUUGCAUUCCCUGUGA